UGACAAAAGUGACUAAAUGUCAAAGUUUUGUUUUCAAUUAAAAAUUUUGUUGUUGCACGAAGUUUGUGUUUCUAUUAAGUUAUAUUAUUUACUAUGGCUACUGCUGGUUCCGAUAGCAACAAUUUUGUGGACGAUAAAGAGGUUUCAGAAUGUGCAGUUUGCUUGCAACCUUAUGUCCACCCAGCGCAACUGCCCUGCGGCCACAUCUUUUGUUUUCUGUGUGUCAAAGGCAUUGCUAAUCAGAGCAAGAAAUGUGCUAUGUGCAGACAAGAGAUUCCACGUAACUUUGUGAAACACCCACACUUGUUGGGUGAAGUCAAUGAAGGUGACAGUGACAUUUUUGAGGGAUGUUAUCAAUGGUAUUAUGAGGGAAGAAAUGGUUGGUGGCAAUAUGAUGAGAGAACAAGCAAGGAAUUGGAAGUAGCUUACAAGUCUGGGGAGAGGACCUGUGAACUACUUAUAGCAGGUUUCCUCUAUGUCAUGGACUUUGAGACAAUGCUCCAAUUGAGGAGGAAUGAUCCUUCUAGACGCAGGAAAAUUAAAAGAGAUUUGGCUUCUAUUGACAAAAAAGGAGUUGCUGGAUUAAGAACUUCUGAGAGUAAUCAAAAUUCAGCUCAGAAUUGCACACAAUCAAAUGAUAUUAAUCCUACUAUGAGCAGAGAUGAACACUUGGAACAAGCCCAAGAACCUACUGUUUGUUUAACAGAUAGCCAAGAUGUUGCAAAUGCCUGAAGUAUUAGUUUGUUGUUUAACAAAU